CUCUCAGUUCUUGGAGUGGCUGGUUCAGGAUGGAUGUCUCAUGCGCACAUAUGCCAUUGCUGAGCGCCGGACCCCGCUGCAUCCCGUCGGCAGUGUGUGUGUGAGUGUGUGUGCGUGCAUGCAUGUGUGUGUGUGUGCAUGCGUGAGAGCGAGAGUUGCGGGGGAGCACUGGUCUGGUAAAGACGCGUGUGUUUUGGGGCAGAUCUCAGUGGAAUCUCUCACGCUGGAUGUGUAAGGAUCACAGGAGCAGCGUCUGACCGUACGUGUGUUACACGGAGAAACUUCCAGCAUGGCAGACCCCCUCUCCGGACUCACAUCAGUUCUUGCUCCCUGACGGACCCCAGCUGCGCUGAGAGGGAAGACAUGUGCUGGUCAUCUCUCCCUCCCCUUCAUCACCAUCACCAUUGAGCCUUGUCCGGAGGAACCAUGGUGAGCAAGGACGCUGGUAAAUGCAUGCUCACCAACUCUGAGUCGGACUCUGAGGCAACGGCGGCCUCCAUGGCCCUGGAGGUCAAAGGAUCGUCGGACGAAAGCCGGCAUGUGCGCAAACGCAACAAAGCCCUUCAGGUGCGCUUCAAGGACAUCUGCGAGGCACAAAAUGAACAGGCUGCUGCGGCCCGAGGGGGGAAGCCGGUCUACAAAGUGGCGUACCGCAAGUACAUGACCGUCCCAGCUCGCAGAUCAAUCCCCAAUGUCACCAAAAGCACCGGAGUGCAAACAUCACCCGACCUUAGGAAGCGUUACCAGACUUUUCCAUUUGACCGGAAGAAAGGACAUACGGUCAAGCAUGCCGCUGUGGUGGAGAGCUGUAAGGAUCAGGACGAUGGGUUUGUUAUUGAUGUAAAGAGGGCGAAAGCUACCGAGGCAGGUAGGGAGUGUGUACCCUCUCAAAAUGUGAGGAAAACAAGAGCAUUAAUGCACACCAGCAAGUGUGUCGCAACUAUAGAGCAACACCCACAAGCCAGGGACUGUCUGGAGACAACAGACGGACCGUGUUCGGACGCUCUGGUUCUCCCCUGUCCGACAGAUGGGUCCGCAGUAGGAACAGACAGCUCAGACUAUCAGAUCUGUAGCGUCAGAAGUAAACACAGUAAGGGCUUCCAGAGAGACUCUGGAACUCUUGAUCGCUCAGGCAAGCUGCAGUUGCUGAACUCUGGGGAGAGCAGUGGAAAUAUUCUAGAGGACUCCUCCUCCAAAGUGAUGGGACCUAUCGCGUGGAACUCUCUCACGCAGGUGGAGUGCCUGGAGAGUCCGUCUGAGCGGAGCAAACGCAAGAAUGCGCUGCAGCUCAAUGGCCUGCAGUCUCAGACGCUGCCGCGGACCAGUUGCACAACGCAGGUCCAGUGCCACGUGGGCACGCUGUCUGCUCGACCACUGCGGGCCAUGGAGGCGCCGGUGACUCCGGUCUCCUCGACAGCCGUUCCCAUGCCCGCGCCUCCAUGCAGGGGCAGCAUGGGAACAGGAACUCUACAGACGGAUAAUGAGGUUUGCAAGCAGAUAGUGCCUGUCAAUCAGGAUGGUGAUGUUAAAGCGCAGCUCCAGGCCAUGGAAAACAUGAUCAGCUCCAGCCAGGAAACCAUCAAAGUGCUGCUGGGUGUCAUUCAGGAGCUGGAAAAAGGAGAAGCUCAUAGAGAAGGGCUCUCCUAUCGGACCGGACAGGACACGGCCAACUGCGACACGUGUCGGAACAGCGCAUGCAUUAUUUACAGCGUGGAGCUGGACUUUAAACUGCAGGAAGAUAAGCUCCAGCCUCUGAUGAAGAGACUGUGUCCCGUGGAGGAGUCCCUGUUCCCCCCUCUGCCGUAUCCUCAGGAGACCAUCGGCUCCACGCCCAAACGCAAGUCCAAAGCAGAGGCCAAGAAACACGCGCGCUGGAAACUCUGGUUUCUGUGACCGCAGGAUUACACACAACUGACCAUCAUAUUUCCAGCACAGGAGUUACAGGAGCAUCUGUUCACUGGAUCUGUUGUUUGAUCAGGAUGAUUCAGGAAAAUCCCAUCAGAUUGUUUGUUUGCCCCUUUUGGUACUUUAUGGAUGCGAGUACUGAACUACUGAAGUUUUGGAAAUAUUGAAGCUAAUAUUAAUAACAGAAUAUUGGAAUUUUCCCCUGGAAAAAAGGAAGUACAGAGUCUGAAGUUAUUUUAAACUGGAUCAAUAACAAAUCUUGCUUUACAAUAAUUUUUUUUUUGGGGGGGGGGGGGGGGUCAGGAGGAUUUAAAGCACGGACAGGACGCAAGCUUUUCCUUUCAGUCUUCUCUUCCUCAUAGAAAUCACAGCAUUAAACAGAAGCACAACUCUUCAGAUGCACUGGACGAUGUUUCUCACAGAGGACUUCACGGAUCUUACCGGAUAUCGAGAACGGAAGUUUUACCAGAGGAUGUAAUUAUUCACAGCUCAAGCCGUUGACGUCACAACAAACAUGUUACAUGGGAUUUAUAAGGAAAUAAUCUUACAAGCCUCUGUGAAUUCAUAUAAACUUUCAUAUACUAUUAUUAACAGAAAAAAAAAGGAAAAAAGUAUGACUUAUUUUUCUAGAUUCGUAAUAAUCACAUUUAAAGAUUCUCUAGAUGCACUAUACAUGUAUAAACUUCUCUCAUUUAUUGGAUUAUUGAAAUUAUAAGAAGAAUUUUCAACUCUGUUCAUUUAAAAUGAUUUCAUUUCAAACAAUCUUCUUCUAUAGAAUGUGUUAGUCCCGCUCACUUUUUCAGCAGCGUUGGUUCUGGAAGUAUUUCUUCCAUUCAUUUUUUCCAUAAGGAUUUUUUUUUUUUUUUUAAGUAUUUGUUAAAUUGUUGUAAGCCACGAACCAAGUAUUUGAAAAUGAGACAAAAAGACAAAGGUGCAAGACUGUGUACUUAACAGCUUUAGUGAGUGAAAAAAACUACAAUCCCAUGAACCACUGCAAAUGACAAUCAAAUCAAAAAUGGCGGAGAAAUAUAAAACUAUCCAUUUAAAGUCGAUUGAAUAAACAAAAACAAUAUAUUUUAAGUUCAGUGUUCGUUUGAUGCCAUUUGCUCACUGCGAGUCUCUAAUUAAGUGAAAUUUUCUGUACAGCAUCGUGGGUAAUGUAGUUUUUAACCAGGGAUUCGGCUGUUAAACAUGAUUAUUUAAAGUAUACUGUAAGUUGAAAUAAUGCGACCUGAAGGCUUCAACAGAAGCAUGUAUCAUUGAUUAACAACCUUAGUAGGUCAGUCUUUAACAAGUUAUUGUUAAAAAUCAAUUUCCCUAUGGAGAAAAUGAACUGCAUUUUUACUUCUGGAACCCGACUGUUGCACUCUAUUAAAACUACAAGCAUAAUCAUGGGAACAGCAGUGAACGUUCACCUUUCUGUGACAGGAAGUCAUGUGAUGCAGUCAUCAUAAAGCUGCGCUCACACAAGAUUAUGAUGAACUCUGAUCUGCAAUAUAGAAAAAAAAAUGUUUGGCCAAUACAGGAUUUAAAUGUCUCAGAUUGAGCUGUUGGUGCAAUAUAAAAUAGCAAGAUGUUCAAGGAAAGUAGAUUAGAUUUAUAUUUGAUUGUUUUCAAUUUAUUUUGAAUGUAUUUUUACAGAAUCCCAAAUAUGUGACAUCACAUCCUGUCUGUGACCGCACUCUCUACACCUGCACUGAACACUAAAAAUUGUUCCUGUUAUGAAAAUGACGAGGAACAUCAGAGCAAAUUAGAUAACCUGGAGCGCAUUUGUGCAUCACAGGUCUGAGAGAGUAAUGAGAGCAGCUCAGUUUGUCUUCACUGUCCAGAACACUGAGAAUUUAGUCACAGGUGAAGAAAAACACGUUCAGGAGAAACAGAAAUCAUAGACUGCAUUAAGAAAAUGAAGUGAAAAAUGGAAAUGAACCGGCUUUCAGAACCUAUUUUUAUGACAUUAUUAUUUUAUAACAUUUAAACAGAUCUUACCCAAAAUUCUCAUUACCAUAAUUAAUACAUUCAUGUUGAACAAAUUAAUCAAAUUAUAUCUAAU